GGCCUCUCAGUCGGCUGUUUGUUUCCGAUUAGGAAGGAGCUCAGUCCGGGAGCUCCUUCCUCGAAGGCCUUAGUUGGGGGGGUGCGCCCGACAAGCGGGCGAGGCGGCAUUCGGCGGCGUUCCGUCGAGGGGGCCAUAGUGUCAGCGGUGGCCCCGCUGGUAGGGGGGUACUCCCGGGACUGCUCCCGGCUGGGUUGCAGCUGCAGCAGCAGCGUCUUUGGGCCUCUUCAGCGCGGCGUCGGCACUCGGCUUCCUGGGCGUGGUUCUCCUUCUGGGCGUUUGCCCUUUUGGUUUGUGGGGUAUUUGGGGGGUUUCCAUCAGCCUGGGUGGCUGGGCAGCGGCCCCUUUUCCGUUCCCUGGAGCACUACUUUUGAUGCCAACAUUCUUUUAUUUGUUUGGUGGGUAGCAGGUGGGUGUUUGUGCUCAUCGGUGCCCUGGUGGGCCUGGCCUGGUUGAGAGUCAAAAGGCCUUUUCAAGCCUUCUCCUUGGGUGGGGGGCUCUGGUGCUUUCCUGGAUAGGAUUGAGUAUUGUUUUUGAUUCAGGACAAGGGCUUGGCUUUUGUUCUAUAUCCUUGCUACCUUCAUUCUGUGUGUGGUUGGCGCUUUUUUUUUUUUUUUUUCCUCCAACCCCUUUUGGAAUCCCACUAUUUGGAGGCAGUAUGCCGGGGAAGGCCAAGGGCAAGAAAGGGGGGCGCCCUGUUAAGCAGCCCAAGAGGCCUGCUCCCCCGCAGUCCUCCUCCUCGGAGGAGGAUGAGGAGAUGACUCUGAUACGGGGGUUAAUUAAUAGGAUGGAAGCUUUAGAGAAAGCAAAAGCAGCCCCCUCCGACAAAGGUGCGGGUCCUUCAGGUGUGUGGGGGGUGCCUCCUCCUAAGGUCCCUCGGAGGACCAGGGGUUCUGUGAAAAGCCAGCUGCUAACUUCUCUCUCUAGUAGGCUGGCUGCGCUGGAAGAAGGGCUGAACCCUGCUGGACCGGGCCCUUCUGCUCCUGCGUUACCGCUUCCUGAACCUGAGUCUCCAGUUCCGGAGUCGCCUUCACCAUUGCUACCUCCGCCUGCGGCACCAGUUGUUCAGCCUCCAGUGGAUACGGCUACUCCUUUGGCCCAGGGUGCUGGCGGGGCGGCGGUCCCGGUCCGAGUCCUGAUGCGUGGCCAUUCGUUGGUCUUCUGGGCUUUCAAGCGGGCCAGCACCACCCGCUGGGGAUCCCAGUUGGGUUUAGGAAGCAAGGCUUCAGUUUAUUGGUUGGGCAUGAGGGGCAUGCUCUGGAAUCAGUUGCUUCCAGCAUUGAGGGAGCAUUUAGAUAGGUUUCCCAUUCCCGACAUCCUGGUUCUUCAUUUAGGGGAGAAUGAUUUGGGCCGGCGGCCUGGCCUCGCCAUCCUUCAGCAAGCCUCCUCGGAUUUGUCUAUUUUGCGCAGCUGGAUGCCUGGCGUGCGCAUAAUAUGGGUUAAUUGGCUCCAGCGCAGGGUGUGGCGGGGUGCUCAUUCUUGCCUUAGCUUGGAAAAGGCACGCAGGAAGAUUUCAGCCGCAAUAGGUAAAGUGGUUUUGGCGGCCGGGGGGUCUGUGGUGCGGCAGCCAGAUAUAGCUGCUCGCUUUCCCGAGUUAUUCCGCCCUGACGGGGUCCACCUGUCUGAGAAAGGUUGUGAUUUGUAUCUGCAUAAUAUCCGGGAAGUGCUUGCUGAAGGUUUGGAGGGGGUGGGGCAGGAAGGUCAAGCGAGGGCUAACCUUCCUGGGUGGCGGUAACAGUGCGGGCUGUGGGUAAGGAGGUCUAGAUUUCGGUGAGCACCCUUGGACAUUUUAAGGUGGAUUGGUCAAUUGCUUCCUUGUGGCCUGUGCGGCACGGGAAGAAUUACAUUGCCAAGAAACCUGCUUCAGGACUUCACCUACCUUUGGGCUGUGCGGUCCGGGGAGGUAAAGAUCUGAAGCUGUCCAGAUCCCCUCUUCUAAAAGGGGUGGUUGGCUUUGAAGGAAUUGGGCGGGAGCUACCUGCCUCUUUCCUGAGCCAGGGUGUGUCGCCCUUGCAGGCGAUGGGUAGGACGUUUUGAAUCCUAGCCCACGCCUAGGUGCCCGCACUGUUUUUAUGUUGGUGAUUAAUCACCUUGUUUCCAGUCCGCCACAAAUGUUGUUAUAUUAAUAAAGCGUGGCCCGUUUCUCCCAUUAAAAAAUGUCUCUGUGUCUUCUUGGGCUGGGGUCUG